GGCGGUUGGUCGGUUUCGCGCGAAACUGCCCGAUUAGUUCGAAGUGCCGCCGCGAGAGUUUCCGCGGCAGGUGGCACGCGCCAGCAGCAGCAGCAGCAGCAGCAGCAGCAGCGUCAGCGUCAGCGUCAGCGGCGGCGGCGGCAGCGGCAGCGGCAGCGGCGGCGGUGGCGGGUGGUAAAGACAUUGACCGUGACAUUCGCGUCGGGAGCAGGCCGCACGUAGUACGUAUGAGAACGCGAGAGACGAGUGAGUUGCGAGACAAGACGAUAAGCACCAACAGCAACAGAAGCAUCGGUAAUACCAUCACCAGCAGCAGCAAUAGCAGCAAUAGCAGCAGUAACAACAGCAACGGCAGUAACCCAUCGUCUGUUACGACGAAAGAUCGUAAGAUAGAUGGAUAGAUAGAUGGAUAGAUAGAUAGAUAGGGAAAAACGAAGAGAGGACCAACGUAUCUCGAUUCUCGAUCGUUCGUAGUGUAUAUCGUGACGCCGUAGAUCCUCGCGCAUAUGAUACAUUCUCGCGUAAAGGAGCUUUCGAUACAGCUCGCGAUACAGUGUUGAAUAAAAUAGUGCGAUACGUAUAUAUAUAUAUAUACAUAUAUACAUGUGUGUAUAUGUGUAUAUAUAUAUAUUAAUAAUGAGAUAAUAAUUUCGAGAGUGAUCAGUGACUACAUAUAAGUUUUGUUUCUUCUCGAUGUGAGGAAUUAUUUUCGGUGAUUAUAAUCGACGGCUAUUUAUUUCGUGUUUCUACGGGGAGUGCUAAAGGAAAGAGAUAGAAGAAGAAGAAGAAGAAGAAAAAGACAAAAAGAAAGAAAGAAAGAAGAAGAAGAAGAAGAAGAAGAAGAGGAAGAGGAAGAGGAGGAAGAAGAGGCAGAAGAAGAAGAAGAAGAACGGAGAAGAGAAGGAAAGGGAGAAUAUUCAUUGGGACCCGCGUGGCGCGGGGUGAAAAUAUUCGAAGGUGGCUCACGCGGCGAGGGACAGGGCCGCCGAACUGCAGGCGGAAGUGAGGAGCGCCAUCAGGGUGCUGCAUGGCUGGUGUCCGAGGCCGCCGGGCCAGGGCCACGCCGGCGGCAUCGCGCGUUCCGACACGGUCCUGAUGUCGCCACAGACCCAAAUGCGACCACCCAGAUCAGCACCUGUUAACAAUACCGUCACUGCUAGCAACAACAACAACAGUACCAGCAGCAGCAGCAGCAGCAGUGGUACCAGUAACAGCGGUACCAGCAGUAUCAGCAGCAAUAGUAACAGUGGUAGCAGUAGUAACAAUAACAACAACAAUAACAACAGCAAUAACAACAACAAUCAUCACCAUCAUCACCAUCACCAUCAUCAUCAUCAUCAUCCUAGCAACAACGUUAACAAUAAUAACGGGGGACCACCUCCGCCUCCACCACCUCCGCCACCUCCAUCCGGAACCGUCGUGGUCAGUUCUACUUCCAGCAUGAGACCACCUCCUCCUCCUCCACCUCCACCACCUCCUUCAAGAGCCAGGUCCUCCGAUCCCAAGGGACACCACGAGGAACCUACCAGCUCGAUACCCGAUCUCGAAUUCGAUGGAACCACAGUACUCUGUCGUGUUUGUGGUGACAAGGCCUCUGGUUUUCAUUAUGGCGUUCAUUCCUGCGAGGGAUGCAAAGGCUUCUUUCGCCGUAGCAUCCAGCAGAAGAUACAGUAUCGGCCCUGCACCAAGAAUCAACAGUGCAGCAUCCUGAGGAUCAACAGGAAUCGCUGCCAGUACUGUCGUCUCAAGAAGUGCAUCGCAGUCGGCAUGAGUCGCGAUGCGGUGCGAUUCGGCCGCGUGCCCAAGCGCGAGAAGGCCAGGAUUUUGGCUGCCAUGCAGCAGAGCUCCCACAGUCGCUCUCAGGAGAAGGCAGUAGCGGCCGAGCUGGAGGACGAGCAGCGUUUACUCGCGACCGUCGUCCGAGCUCACCUCGACACAUGCGACUUCACCAGGGACAAGGUCGCGCCCGUUCUCGCGAGAGCUCGAGAGACACCGAACUACACGGCCUGUCCACCGACCUUGGCAUGCCCGCUGAAUCCGAAUCCGCAACCAUUGACCGGCCAGCAAGAACUGCUACAGGAUUUCUCCAAGAGGUUCUCGCCGGCGAUCCGUGGCGUGGUAGAGUUCGCCAAGCGCAUACCUGGAUUCAGCCUGCUGGCUCAGGACGACCAGGUCACCCUUUUGAAGGCCGGCGUCUUCGAGGUCUUGCUCGUUAGGCUGGCCUGCAUGUUCGACGCUCAAACGAACAGCAUGAUAUGCUUGAACGGGCAGGUGCUGAAGCGCGAAUCCAUCCACAACAGCAGCAACGCGAGAUUCCUCAUGGACUCGAUGUUCGACUUCGCCGAAAGGGUCAACUCCCUGCGGCUGUCGGACGCCGAGCUCGGACUCUUCUGCUCGGUGGUCGUGAUCGCCGCGGACAGACCGGGACUACGCAAUACCGAACUCGUCGAGCGUAUGCACAACAAGUUGCGCAACGCCCUGCAAACGGUCCUCGCCCAGAGCCAUCCCCAACAUCCGGAUAUCUUGAGGGAAUUGUUGAAGAAGAUACCCGAUCUGAGAACGCUCAAUACUUUGCACUCGGAGAAGCUCCUCGCGUUCAAGAUGACCGAGCAACAGCAGCAGCUCCAAGCUCAGCAGCAACAGCAGACGCAGCAACACGUGAUCGCGACGAAUCAGCAGCAGCAGCAGCAGCAGCAGCAGCAGCAGCAGCAGCAGCAACAGCAGCAGCAACAGCAGACGCAGUCGGGGCAGCAACAGCAAGCUCAGCAGCAUUGGCCGAUGGAGGAGGAACCUCCUGCUUCCUGGGGCUCGGCCUCGGACGUCACGCUCGACGAGGCCGUCAAGAGUCCGCUCGGUAGCGUCUCCAGUACCGAGAGCACGUGCAGCGGCGAGGUAGCCUCCCUGACCGAGUACCAUCACGUCGCGGCGACCCCGAGCGGACACCACGCGUCGAGCGCGCCGCUUCUCGCCGCUACGUUGGCCGGUGGUCUCUGUCCGCAUCGUAGACGCGCCAAUUCCGGCAGCACGAGCUCCGGCGAGGACGAGCUCCAUCGCGGAAGCUUGAGCAAGACCCCUCAGCCGCCUCACUGUCCGCGUUUCCGCAAGUUGGACUCGCCGAGCGACAGCGGCAUAGAAUCGGGCACCGAGAAGGCCGACAAGCCGGCGAGUAGCAGCGCCAGCAGCGCACCCACCUCGGUUUGCUCGAGUCCGCGCUCGGAGGACAAGGAGGUCGAGGAUAUGCCGGUACUGAAGCGCGUCCUUCAAGCGCCACCGCUCUACGACACCAACUCGCUGAUGGACGAGGCUUACAAGCCGCACAAGAAGUUCCGUGCGCUUCGCCAAAAGGACAGCGCCGAGGCGGAGCCAGCGGUGGUCGUCCAACACGCCCAAUCUCAGUUACAUCUCCACCUGACCUCCCCGCCGGCGCGAAGUCCGUCGAAUCCGACGACUCAAGCUACCUGCCCGCAAACCGCGAGCCUCCUUAGCAGCACUCACUCGACUCUAGCGAGAAGUUUGAUGGAGGGACCUAGGAUGACGGCGGAGCAGUUGAAGCGUACCGACAUUAUCCACAACUACAUAAUGCGAGGGGAGGCGAGCCCGAGGUCACCCCCGGCCGUCUCGCCAUCGCCAGCGGAGCAAUGCGCCUCGACGACCACCGUCACCACGCGCUCUUCUCAAGGAUCUCAGGGUCUGCUGCAAUGCGCCACCUCCAGCUACUCCAGCACCUCCUCCUCCAGGUGGCCGGCCACCUCGGUCAUCACCACGACCACCGGUGCACGACAGCAGCAGCAGCAGCAGCAACAGCAACAACAACAACAACAACAUCAACACCAUCAACAGCAGUCUUCCUCGGAUUACCUCGUAGUCGGGAACUCACCCGCCUCCUCGCCAAGAUACCUCUCGGCCGCGGCAUCGAGUAGUACGAGCACGAGUCCGAGGCCGACCUCGAGCACGGCCACUCUCGUCCUCUCCGGUUGUCCCACCAACAUGAUGGAGCUCCAAGUCGACAUCGCCGACAGUCAGCAACCUCUGAACCUCUCGAAGAAGUCACCGUCCCCGUCGCCGAGGCCGCUCGUCGGCCCCUGCAAGGCUCUCUCCCUCGAAGCGUAGUGCUCUUGCCGCGAGACGGAGAUCUCUUUCGUGACUCGAAGAAUCAUGUGUGUGCGUGUGUACUCUAUUGCUACUAUUACUACACUACUACUACUAUUACUACUACUACACUACUACUACUACUAUAACUACUACUACUACUACUACUACCCACCUUGCGCAAAGAGUGUCGUUACGUACAUGUAUAUGUAUUUUACCGUCCGUGCGACGGCACACCGAGGAGGAUCGAGCGUCCCGAGAGGAUCGGAAGCAGGACGAGGAGGAGGAGGAAGAGGAGAAGGAGGAGGAGGAGCAGGAAAAGGUGGGGACAAAGAGGAGCAGGAGGAGGAGGAGCAGCAGCAGGAGGACGAGGAGCAGCAGGAGCAGGAGGAGGAUGACAAAGUGCCAGGACACUCCGAGCGCGUGACAAACCAAAUAAUUUAUUAAUUUAAACUAUUUUAUCGAUAAUCCGCGCGAAAGAGGACGCGGUGAGAAGUAAAAGGAGGACAAAGAUACGACACGAGAGGACCACAUCUCCCUGACGUAAGGACUAUGGAGGAGCGUAUGGAAGAGGAGGACAAGGAGGAGGAUGGAACGUUUCAGUGUCGAUGAGUUUCUUUCGUUUCUUUUCUUCUUUCCGAGAGUGCGUAUACGUGCUGCAUCCGAGGAAACGCGCGAAACUCGAUCGAGAGGACGUUCACGCGCGCGCACGCAAACUCGAUCGACGUUUUAACCGCGCGUGUUCCAAAGUUUGCGCGGUGCCGGAUAUAUAACAGAGAGUUUGAGAGGGACGAACUAACGAAAGGAACGAGAAAAAGAUAAAGCAGGAAGAAAGCAAAAGAAAAAGGAAAAAAAAAGAAGAAGAAGAAAUAAAGAACCACCUAUCGUUAUCUCGCUAUCAACCUAUCUCGACCUAUCUGUUUCUAGGCGAACUAGAGGAUAGACCGUGCUGCACCCCGUAAAGAAAAAAGAAUUGAAUGUUUACAGAAGAUAAAAGCAAAAAGAAAAAAAAAUUAAUAAUCUAUUACAUGUGAUAAUCAUGGAAAUCGCGCAUCCUGUACAGUCUCCACCUCAUUCAUUGAUCAUCUACUCUACUAUAAUUAUUGAAUAUUAUUAAAAGUAAUUAAUUAUUAUUGUAAUAUCUCUGUAAGGUAUAAUAAUCGUAAAAGUUAUCAUCUCGUGUACGUGUGAAGUAUAUAGAUAAAGGGUGAAUCAUAGAAUGAGAGAAGUAAUAGUGUUUUUUUUGUGUGCGUCUGCAUGAGCGAGAGAGAGAGAAUGUGAGAGAGAGAGAAAGAGAAAACGCGUGCUUGUGGAAGCGAGUCGGGGCAAUCGAAGUUUCUUCUGACCGAGAGAGAGAGAGGGAGAGAGAGAGAGAGAGAGAGAGAAAGAAAGCGAGAAAGCUAGAAGAAAGAUAUAGACAUAGAAAUAGCGGCGAUCUUUCGAGUAAUCGAGAGGGAGAACGCUAGAUUCGAUUAAAACAUUUAAGAUGAUUUUGUUAUGAGACUGACCGGCCCGCCGCGGCCUCCAGUUUGCAAUUACCGUACCUUUAUACCGCGCGUCGCUUAUCCCACGUACGAACGGGACAAUCGACGCGACGUUAAUUAUAAUCCUCUAAUCGCGUCGUGUAGCGAGAUACAAUAGAUAUCGUAGGUGCCGCUUUCGAACGCGGCGAAUACACAAUAUUACGUGUUUCGUGUGGCUGCAUUGAAAGAGAAGAGAGUGCAAGGGUGGUUACGUAUAUACGUACGUACGUGUGUUGCGCGUGUGGCGAGGAAAGAGAGAGAGAGAGAGAGAGAGAGAGAUCGAGCGCAGAGAGGAAAAGACAAGGACGACGAGAUGAUUGUAGAAGAAGUAGAUCGAAGGAGAAAGAUAUUUUUUUUGCGUAGGAUCGAAAUACGAUCAUUGAAAAAUAAAAGGGAUAAGAAAUUCAAAGAAGAGAGUGAUAGGGAUGAACGGACGGACGGACAGUGAGAGAGAGUGAGAGAGAGAGAGCGAGCUCCGAGAUAGUAUCGGUAAACGUUUUGUAAAUAGUAGAAUCGUAAGGCUGAGUCCUAGUUGGCGCGAAUGAGCAAAGUUUUUCGUUGCUUUACGGAUAAUGCGUGAAAGAGGAUAAAAUGAUAGAGAUAGACGCGGCGGGCCGCCGCCGACGUGUUGUUGAGACGCCCGCCCCGCCCCCUUGACCCCCGGCAUAUUCAAGAGCGAACAUACGGAACAGACACGCAGACACACAGGGAGAUCAUACACCAUGUACCACACGGAUAUACCAUAGAAACAUACCGUAAUACCGCAAAACUCAAACAAACACACACAAACACAAAACACAAACAUGCGCGCACGCACGCUCGAGAAUACAAUAAUUCAAUACACGCUGAAUCACGUGCUAGAAAAGACAUUAAGAAAGAGAGAGAGAGAGAGAGAGAGAGAGAGAGA